ACCCGUUACCAGGAGCUGGCAGUAGCUCUUGACUCCAGCAAUUUAACAAACAAAGAACUCAAUGCAGAGAUAGAGGAAAUGAAACAGCAGAACCAAGACGUCGCGAAUGAGUUGGAGAAGGAGAAGAAAGGGUUCGAGCAGCGGUUUGCGAAGGAGCAAGCCACCCUACGAGAACAAUUACAGGUCCACAUUCAGACCAUCGGCAUCCUGGUCUCUGAGAAGUCCGAAUUGCAGACCGCUCUUUCCCACACACAGCAGGCUGCCCGGCAGAAAGCAGGGGAAGCUGAGGACCUGGCCGCUCGGCUGCAGUCAUCUCGACAGAGGGUCUCCGAGGUGGAAUACACCCUCUCCUCCCUCUCCGUUCAGCAGAAGCAGACAGAGAAACACAACAAAGAGCUAGCCAAGGAACGGGAUAACCUCAAACUGGAAAUGUACAAGCAAAGUAAAACCAACGAAGAGCUCAAGCAGCAGACUUCGGAGUUGUCGGAGAAACUACACAACCUGUUCUCUGAAAACUCAGCCAUGAAACUGGACGUGGAAGAUUUGCACAAGAAACUGGAAAUGGCCGAGCUGCUGAUCCAGCAGUUUUCAAGCCAACCAGGGAUCUCAGAUGCCGCUGCCCAGCAGCUGCAGGCAGCCCUGGAGGAAAGAGCCAACUUAGAAAGCCAAAUUGCCCAGCUGUCAGAGUCUUUGCAAAAACUGCAGACCGAACGGGAUCAAUACGUCCUGCGGCUGAAGGAGGAAGGGAGCAUCUGGCAGCAGCGAGUCGAGCUCCUCUCCGAACAGGUCCGGACUCUGACGGGAGAGAAAGAACUCAGCGAGACUCGGAUUGGGGAGCUGGAGGCCAACCUCUCAGAGUUGCUGAGCAGUCAGUCAGCGGUGAAGCCCCAGGAGACUCAGCCCGCCCCUGCUGCCCCGGGGCCCUCGCCGACUGAACUGCACCUUCAAGAGGAGCUGGCUCGGCUGGAGAAGGAGAAGGGGGAGCUGCUGGACCGAUGGCAGACCCAGGUGCGAGACAACGGGCAGAUGAGCCGACUCAACCAGGAGCAGGAGGAGCGGCUUCAAGAGCUGGAGAAGGCCUUGCAGCGCCACAGCGAGGAGGACGUGGACAAGCAGCAGAUCUUGGAGAACAUGCAGAGCGACAAAGCCACCAUCAGCCGGGCCUUGACCCAGAACCGGGAGCUGAAGGAGCAGCUGGCGGAGCUGCAGAAUGGAUUUGUCAAACUG